ACAACAAUUUUUGAUAGCCCAAAGCCUCACCGUCUCCUCUCUCUCUCUUUCACACACACACAGCGACCGCGAAAAUGGCGUCGUACAUGGUAAGGAAAACCCUAAAAACCCUCGAUUCCUUUUCCCUCAGAAUUCUUACCUCCACCAGGCGCCACCUCACUGUAGCUGCCGCAGCUGGAACCGAACACGAGCGCUCAUCCUUCACCUUUUCCUCCGACGAUACAGAUCACUCGAAACCCGGCGCAACUUCGACUAGUGAUGACAAAGUUUACAUCAAAGGACCGAAAAGUACGCCGGCUUCAUCGUCGUCCGUGACGAUGCCGAUGUCAUUCAUGACCGGUUCGAUUGUUGGGAAGCGGUUCUACAAGAAGGUGACGACGAGAGAAGCUGAAGAUGGGAAUGGGUGGAGCGUAAUGCUGGAUUACAGGACGCUGAAAACUCCUUCGAAGAGGAAUCUCAAGUGCCCUACUUUAGCCCUCGCUAAAGCCAUUGCAGCUGAAUGGGAGUACCAGCAAACAGAUGGAAUUAGACCUUUUACAAUGCCUCUCAUGAAGCUUGCUUGCACCGCAUUGGAGAGAGUACCACUCACUAGGGCAAAGAUAAUUGAACAUUUGAUGAAAAAAUUUCAUCAAGAUCUGGUAUUUUGUCGUGCUCCAAGAGACAAUGAUUUAACAAGGGAUCUACGAGAACUUCAAGUGGAGAAAUUUAGUCCUCUGAUUAAAUGGGUGGAAUCAGAAUUUGGCUUUAAGCCUGUCGUGUAUACCAGUUUCUUUGGUGGAAAGCAGGAGGAGGGUCUAGUUAUGGCUGUCGAGAACCUACUUAAGAAGACGGAUGACUGUGAGCUGGCUGCAAUUGAUGCAAUUGCUGCAGCUGCUCAUUCUUUGAUCAUUGCAAUUGGAAUGUUUCGUGGUCGGUUGAAUAUUGAGCAGGCUAUUGAGUUGAUUAGGCUGGAAGAGGAUUUACAGGUCGAUCGAUGGGGUUUGGUGGAAGGUGGUCAUGAUGUUGAUAUUGCUGAUCUUAGAGUUCAAAUCUCAUCUGCUGCUGUGUUUCUUGGACUAUCAAGGAAACAUUAGUUUUUAAUCAGGUAACUAUCCAAGAUUAAGCCAUCCCGUUUUUCUUAUGGAAAGCCUAUCUUGCAAGAACUUGUAGUUGCCAUCGAUAUAAAUCCAAUCACAUAGUUGCCAUUUGUUUCCAUGUAGUAUAGUAUGUAUUCUACAGUACGAUAAUAAAUACAACGGAAAACUUAAGGGAAAAAAGAAAUAGCUUUUGGAGAUAAACCCGAUUUGGGUGGUUUUGUAUGUUACAGUAAAAUUUUCUUCCA